UGACAACUCUAGUCGGCCCACCGCGACGACGCCGCGUAAAAUAUUUUUGUUUCCUCGCAUUCGUUAGAGAAACGGGGCAAUUGUUUGUUUUUAUGUGUGGUGCGCGUCCCAGGCAAAUGCAAACGAGUCCGCGACUUCAAUUGCUGAACGCCUAACGCCGCCGAGGACAGAAAAUAACAGUAAUGCGAAAGACCCGCUCGCAGACGGCUCGCACGCAGGCGGAAAAUGCCGCAACAUCCUCGAGCCCCGGGCACCAAUCGACGUCGUCAGCGACAAUAGCAGUUAAUCCCUUUGAUGCCAGCAAGUACAAGGAAUGUGAGCAAAUGGUGCAGAUGCUUCGAGUGGUCGAGCUGCAAAAAAUCCUGUCGUUUUUGAACAUCUCAUUCGCUGGACGAAAAACCGACUUGCAGAGCCGCAUCCUCUCGUUCUUGCGCACCAACUUGGAUCUGCUUGCCCCGAAGGUCCAGGAAGUCUACGCCCAGUCCGUGCAGGAACAAAACGCCACGCUGCAGUACAUCGACCCAACCAGGAUGUACUCCCACAUCCAGCUGCCGCCCACCGUGCAGCCCAAUCCGGUGGGCCUUGUGGGCAGCGGCCAAGGCGUGCAGGUGCCCGGCGGCCAGAUGAAUGUGGUCGGCGGCGCACCCUUCCUCCACACACACAGCAUUAACAGCCAGCUGCCCAUUCACCCUGAUGUGAGGCUGAAGAAGCUAGCCUUCUACGAUGUACUCGGGACACUGAUCAAACCUUCAACCCUGGUGCCACGCAACACUCAGCGCGUCCAAGAGGUGCCUUUCUACUUUACACUAACGCCGCAGCAGGCCACCGAGAUUGCCUCCAAUCGCGACAUCCGCAACAGUUCCAAGGUGGAGCACGCCAUUCAGGUGCAACUGCGCUUCUGCCUUGUAGAGACUUCGUGCGACCAGGAGGACUGCUUCCCGCCGAACGUAAACGUUAAGGUGAACAACAAGCUGUGCCAGCUGCCUAAUGUCAUUCCUACAAACCGACCAAAUGUGGAACCCAAGCGUCCGCCGCGACCCGUCAAUGUCACCUCCAAUGUAAAGCUGUCACCUACCGUUACCAACACCAUCAUGGUGCAGUGGUGUCCGGACUACACGCGUAGCUACUGCCUGGCCGUAUACCUGGUGAAGAAGCUUACCUCAGCACAGCUUUUGCAGCGAAUGAAGACCAAGGGCGUAAAACCGGCAGAUUACACGCGUGGCCUGAUCAAGGAGAAGCUAACUGAGGAUGCUGACUGCGAAAUAGCCACUACUAUGCUAAAGGUGUCGCUUAACUGCCCAUUGGGCAAAAUGAAAAUGCUGCUGCCUUGUCGAGCAUCAACCUGCUCGCAUCUGCAAUGCUUCGACGCCAGUCUCUACCUGCAAAUGAAUGAGCGUAAGCCCACAUGGAACUGCCCCGUAUGCGACAAGCCGGCCAUUUAUGACAACCUGGUCAUAGAUGGCUACUUCCAGGAGGUGUUGGGAUCGUCGCUUUUAAAGAGUGACGAUACUGAGAUUCAACUUCAUCAGGAUGGAUCUUGGAGCACACCAGGCCUACGGAGCGAGGCGCAGAUCCUUGAUACGCCUUCAAAGCCUGUUCAAAAGGUUGAGGUUAUAUCAGAUGACAUAGAACUUAUCUCGGACGACGCCAAGCCAGUAAAGAGCGAUUUGUCCCCCGCACCCGACGAGCAGCCAACAUCCACGUCAAACAGUGAAACUGUUGAUCUAACGUUAAGCGAUUCAGACGACGACAUGCCGCUGGCUAAGCGUCGUCCACCUGCCAAGCAAGCCGUCGCCAGUUCUACGUCGAACGGCAGCGGUGGCGGCCAACGUGCCUACACCCCGGCACAGCAGCCCCAGCAAUCCGGACGCAGGCAGAACAGACAGGUUUGAUAGGAGAGGGUCCCCUGUUCCCGAGUGAAUCCAAGUGCUCCUCCAUCGGCCACAUUGUUGCUGCCCUUUUUCAGUUGGCUCACCUUUAACACUUUGCUUAUGUCCUCUGUGUAUUUCAUUCGUGUCGCCUUGGGUAGUUGGGUUAAACUUUGCCAGGGCUUUCAGCAACACACACCACACACCAACUGAAAUAAUCCUAGAUAUAACAAUACCACAAACUAGCACCAGCAUUAAUUAGCAAUUACUAUAGGAAACGCAAAUAAUUUAUUUUCUAUUGAAGCGGUCUGCGCCAUGAUCACAGCGGAGUACGAAGAAAUUAAUGGCCCUAUGCACUACUAACAAUAAAACUAAGACUAAGCGUACACCUAAAUCAGAUGUUAGUCAUAAGCCCUGCCUAUGUGAGUUGGACCUAUUCCUAUACCUAAACUCGAAGCGAGAGGAAGCAGGCCACACGUCGGCCAGCAGCGCCACCGACAUUAAGUUAGUUAAGUUAUUUUAGUUGAACCAAGGAUUCUGUUCGGAUUGGAGGCGGUGUUGUGUGGAGUUGGAGGGUGCUGCGUCCUCGCAUUUGAAUUGCGUUGCAAGGCAGGCAUUAAAGGUCCAUAGUAUUGGAAACAAACGAAGGCGUUUUUAUAAUUGAAAUCGAUUGGAAACGACGGAUUAGGUAUGUUACGGCGUCUAGCUAGACGCUCGGUUGAAAAAGCCCCUGACAUUUGUUGGUGUAUCUAAGCUCAAACCGUACCACCACGGAUUUAUAUAUUAAGAUUUUAAAUUGAACAAUGCUUUGACUAUGAUUCGAUGCAAACCCCUUCUAAAUAUCUGAACGAACAAAUAUGAAA